UUGUAUAGUUUGCCGGCAAGAAAAAGAUUUGUUAAUGAAUUAAAAUGAUCGACUUCUACAAAAACCUCAUGGCCUUCAUGAAAAUAGGCAACAUUCACACUGACAACAACGUGUUCAAGUUACAUUACAAAGUUACGGUGAUUCUAAUAGCGACUUUUUCCGUACUGCUAACCAGCAAGCAGUAUUUCGGGGAACCCAUCGAUUGCGACGUUCAACAGCGCAAAGAAAUAAUCGACACCUACUGUUGGAUAAACGGCACGUUUAUCUUCGAAGACAACAUACUGGAUUACAGAGCGCCCGGUUUGACUACGAGGAACGAUAAAAGUGGAAGCGCCCAUUUCCAGAAUUAUUACCAAUGGGUUUGCAUUGUGUUCGCUCUACAAGCCAUUUGCUUUUAUAUACCGAGGUAUAUAUGGAAAGCCUGCGAAGGGGGGCGAUUGAAGCAGCUAGUCGGAGAGUUCGGAGGGCCGAUCACUUCGGAAAAGUGGAAUAAUACCUCCAAAGAAAAACUUGUUCGAAAUAUCCUGUAUGAUUCAUACGCUCAUAACGUCUACACUUUUCGAUACUGCUUCUGCGAAUUUCUGAACCUAGUAAACGUGAUAAUUAAUAUAUUAUUCAUGGACUGGUUUCUGGACGGAGAAUUCUCCACAUAUGGCCUCAUCGAUGGCUCUCGAAGUAUUACAAAACGCAUGAACAGGGUGUUCCCUAAACUGGCCAAAUGUCACUACUACAAAUUCGGCCCAUCGGGCGACAUGCAAUUGCUCGACGCCCUCUGCAUUCUUUCUUUAAACGUUCUCAAUCAAAAGGUAUUUCUGUUACUUUGGUAUUGGCUGCUCGUGCUGUUGAUCGUGUCCUUCCUGUCCGUACUCUACAGGGCGUUGUUUCUGUUUGUGCCUGUCUUCAGAACGUACUUGUUGAGAGCUCAAGCUCGCAGACUGGAGAACAAAAAGGCCAAGUAUAUCGUUAGGAAAUUAUCGUACGGGGAUUUCUUCAUAUUAUACAGGUUGGGGAAGAAUGUAAAUCAGAACACUUACAGGGAUGUCGUGUCCUGUAUUUACGAUCAUUUAAGUAACUGGAAGGGUUAUAAAAUCUUUCAGGAAAUUUAACGCUUGAUAUUUGAUUGAUAUUUUCGAUAGAGAAAGAAUUGUUUUGUUUUGUACUUUUAGUUUUCAAAGAAUAUUGUUCUGUGUUAUAUGUUCACUGUAGUUUUAUGCAGUCUUAGUUUUUAAAGAAUGUUGUUCCGUGUUAUAUGUUCAAAUGUUUGACGAAUAAAAAUGUUUUAUAUGAAACUUUACUGUAAUAUUAUUUGUUGUAUUUCUUAGCCUUUAAUUCUUUAUAUGCCGUUAUGACUUCCUUUUGCUGCCGCUCCAACUGCAUCCUUAAUGCUUGUGGUAAUUCUUUCCUCUUCGAUUUUUUAUCUAUUACUUUAUUAAUAGUUUUUCUUGAUUCUUUUGCGAUGGCUGGUUUUUCUUUGCCGUCUCCAAGAAUUUUCUUCAAUAUGAGGUUCUUGUUACCGGGCUGAAAAAUCAAAGAAAAUUAAUUUGAAAAAUAGAAAAGAGAUGUAUUAAUUAAUACCCUUGGAGUUUGAGUUUUCUUGACUCUUCUAGGAGCUACUAGACUAGGAGGUGCAUGGGCCGUUUCCCCGAAUUUAACGUUAUCUUUAUACUGUUUGAAUUCAUCUAUAUUCCUCAUUUCCUUGUUUUGCUCCUUUUCGUUCAAUUUCUUUUUCCUUUUUUGCCAUUUACUCAGUUUAAUUGGGACUUGAUCCGUUUUUGGUUUUUUCUUUUUCUUAAUUCCCUUCUCUUUGGCUUUCUCUUUCUUCCUGGCUUGUUUCAUCAGCAAUUCCAGUUCGUCCUUGGGC